GCCCAUACUUUAUUUAAUGCCCUUUUGACAACAUCCCAAUCGGAUCUCUGAAUUCCCUUCUUCUCUCGGAACAAAGAUGGAGCACUCAACUGCACCUCACAUAGUGGCUUUACCUUUUCCAGCAGAAGGCCACAUCAAACCCAUGUUUAACCUAACCAAACUUCUUUCCCACAGAGGCCACAGAAUCACCUUCGUAAACACAAAUCACAACCAAAAUCGCCUUCUCCAAUUCACAGACUUACCAUCAUUCCACACCCAAUUUCCCGAUUUCCACUUUGCAUGCAUCACUGAUGACUCUCGGAACGACUUUGCAGUAAUAGUAUCCCCGACAAGUAGGUCAAAGGUUGCGGAAGAGUUCCGAGAAUUGUUGUCGAGCUUUGUGGAGAAAGAGAAACCUUGUUGCAUCGUAGCUGAUGGGAUGAUGUCAACGAUUGCUAUGGACGUUGCUCAAGAGUUGGAGAUUCCGGUGAUCGCAUUCCGAACCUACAGUGCUACUGCCACGUGGGUCACAAUCCACUUAAGCAAAAUUAUUCAGGAGGGAGUCAUGGACCUGCAGCAUCAGGAAGAUAUAGAUAAGAUUCUCUCAAGCAUGCCAGGAUUAGAGAAUGUAUUAAGAGACCGUGAUCUUCCAUCAGUUAUCAAAAUGAAACCUGGAAAUUUUGGCGUUGAUUUCUACAUCAAAGAAACCUUAUCCAUGACUCAAGCCUCUGGUCUUAUACUUAACACCUUUGAUGAGCUAGAAGCCCCUAUUAUCUCUAAGCUCACUACUAUAUUUCCCAAAGUUUACACUAUUGGUCCUCUUCACUCUCUCAUAAAGACUCAAAUCACAAACAAUAGUCCAUCAACCCUUCAUUUGAGAAAAGAAGAUAGAAAAUGCAUAACUUGGCUUGAUCAACAAAAUGCAAAAUCAGUUUUGUAUGUUAGCUUUGGCACUGUAGUGAAGUUGUCACAUGAGCAACUAUUAGAGUUUUGGCACGGGUUGGUGAAUAGUUUGAAGCCUUUCUUGUGGGUUAUCCGAAAGGACCUGAUCAACAAAGAUGGUUUGGAUAACAAUGUGCCUAUAGAGGUUGAGUUGGGUACUAAAGAGAGGGGGCUUUUGGUGGAAUGGGCCCCUCAAGAGGAGGUUCUGGCCCACCCUGCUGUGGGUGGGUUUUUGACACAUUGUGGUUGGAAUUCUACAAUCGAGUCUAUUGUUGAAGGUGUGCCCAUGCUUUGUUGGCCGUUGAUAGCUGAUCAGACGAUCAAUAGUAGGUGUGUGAGUGAGCAAUGGGGGAUUGGGCUUGACAUGAAUGGGACAUGCGAUAGGUUGAUUGUAGAGAAGAUGGUGAAGAAUGUGAUGGAGAAUCAGAUGAAAGAGAUCAUAAGCUCUACGAAUGAGAUUUCAGAAAAAGCACGUGAUAGUGUUAAAGAAACUGGUUCUUCGUAUCAUAAUAUAGAGAAUUUGGUCCAGAACAUAAGGUCAAUGAGUAUAAGGAAAUGAUAUUGAGAACUACUUGGUAGACUUGUCAUAAAUGUAGAUGAUAUAAUGAAUUUUAAUUUUUGAGUAAUGCUACAUGGACAUUUAUUAUAACAACUUA